AAAAUGAAAGAAAAAAGAAAUUCUCUUCCACUUAAAUUCAAGAUGUUGAGAGAAACCAUUCAAUCAUUGUUUCUUCUUCUCGUUUUCAUCUCAGCAUCACAACAUGCAAAUGCUUAUCCUUUAUGUACACAAUCAAGAUGGAUCAUAGAUGAAUCAACAAAUGAAAGAGUGAAACUUGUGUGUGGAAAUUGGGCAGGUCAUCUUCAACCAAUGAUCCCUGAAGGUCUUGAUAGAAGACCUUUAAAGGAACUUGUUGGUGAGCUUGUUAAAAACAAAUUCAAUUGUGUUAGAUUAACUUAUGCAAUUUAUAUGUGGACAAGAUAUGAACAUGAGAUUGUGAAUGUUACUUUUAGUCAUUUGGAUGCACCUGAAGUUGUGUAUGGUAUUACUAAGUAUAAUCCUUCAAUUUUGAAAAUGACUCAUAUUGAAGCUUUUGAUGCUGUUGUGAAUGAACUUGGUAAUCAGAAUGUUAAAGUUUUGCUUGAUAAUCAUGUUAGUGAACCUAAAUGGUGUUGUAAUGAUGAUGAUGAGAAUGGAUUCUUUUUUGAUAGACAUUUUGAUCCUCAAGAAUGGAUUGAAGGACUUACUUUGGCAGCCGAACACUUUAAGGGACAUCAUGCUGUAUGUAUAUUACUGGCUUUCCACUUCUUUCUUUUUAUUCCUUUCUUGAGUUUUUUUUUUGUAUUAACCCUCUCGUUCUUAGGGGAAGGGGGUCCCGGUAGUCCAGAGUUCGGCCGCAUGGUAAGUAGUAUGGCCAAAAACUGUUCCCAUCAGAAAUUGAACUCGGGUUCUCCCGAACAUUCCGUCCUAAGGGGAGCUCAUUAACCCCUUGAGCCCAAUGUCUUGGUUUUCUUUCUCGAGUUUUAGAUAAAUGUCAUAAAUUGUUAGUUUAGUCCUUCAAUUUUAGUCUAUAAAAGAACCCAAGAGCACUUGGAUGAGAUGGUCAGAGAUCUCUUCUUGCUUAACCGGAGGUCCUGGAUUCGAAUACAGCCUGGGAAUGCAGAAGUGUUAAGUCUCUUAAGGAAGAGUUUUGGCAUCCAUUGUGGUUCUACCUGGCUCAAGUAUUAAUCUCCGCAUAGCGGCUCACACAUUGAGUACAUAAGAGAUCAUACAACUCUUUGUUGUGAACCAAACUAUCAAUACAAUCUUACGAAUUUGAACAGAAUCAAUCUGACUGGUUUUUAUUGAUUAAUAAUAGAUUGUGGCAAUGAGUUUGAGGAAUGAAUUACAUGGACCAAGACAAAAUCUAAAAGAUUGGUACAAGUACAUGAGCCAAGGUGCACUAGCAAUCCAUAAAGCAAAUCCAAAUGUACUUGUGGUUAUCUCAGGUUUAAACUAUGACACAGAAUUGCAGUUUUUAAGGAACAAACCAAUGGACAUAGACUUGGGACGAAAAAUGGUGUUUGAGUAACAUUUAUACUCAUGGUCUGGAAUUGGAACACUCAAAUUGAAAGAGAUUUGGUCUAAGCAACCGUUGAAUAGAAUUUGCGAGAAUAACAUUAAAGCGUUAGAUCAAAGAGUUGGUUUCCUUACCAUUGGUGAGAGUGCAUUUCCUUUGAUCUUUACAGAGUUUGGAUUUGAUCAAUCAGGCUCUACAGUUGAAGAUAAUAGGUUCUUGACAUGUCUUCAAACAUAUUUUGUUGGAAGAGACUUGGAUUGGGGUUUGUGGGCUUUUCAUGGUAGUUAUUAUUUUAGAGAAGAACAAGUUCAACUUGAUGAGAGUUUUGGUCUUGUUGAUGCUACUUGGCAUAAUCUUAGAAACCCCAAUUUCACUGACAAGUUCCAACUUCUGCAAAGGAAAAAUCAAGAUCCUACUUCCAAACUAACAAAAACAUAUAUCAUGUACCAUCCUCUUACUGGUAAAUGUGCACAAGUGAAUAAAAACAAUCAACUUGAACUUGGAAGCUGUGAAAAUCAAAAGAGAUGGACAUAUGAUGAUUCUCAAAUCCUUUUGAGUGACAGUAAGAAGUGCUUAACUGCUUCCGGCGAAGGGCAUCCGGUUUCCGUUACUGAUGCUUGCCAUAGCAAGAACAGUUCAUGGGAAACUGCAUCGAUUUCUAGGCUUCAUUUGGCUACUAUUGAUCAAGAUGGCAAACAACUUUGCUUGCAUAAGGAUUCAAAUUCAUCUGUUAUUGUCACUUCAAAAUGUAUCUGCAUACAUGAUAAUUCUCUUUGUCUUGAUGAUCCUCAAAGUCAAUGGUUUCAACUUGUUGCUACCAAUGUAUAGUUUGAGUUAUGAAUUGCUCUUUAAAUAUGUAUAGAGCUUUGGUCUGUUAAUUACUUUAGAUUUAUUAGUUAAUUAGGUUGGUCAGAAAGGAAUUUAGUUUUUCUUAUUGAUUUGCUCUAUUACUAGUAAUGUUAUGUUUAGGUUUCAAGAAAUGCAAUCGCAUAAUAACUUAAGACAUUUAUUUGUCUAUUUCCUAUUGACGAUCAUAAUAGAAUUCUUGAAUUUUUUUACACCAAAAACAAA